UUCAUGAGAGUCUUAAUUAUGCGUCUCAGAAAUGGGACCCACAGCCAGCGGGUGAAGUACGCGCUCCUAACAAAGUUAUUUGUUUCACUUUCUUUUAUUUUUCCUUUUUGGUUUAACAACACAUCGGAUUUAUCUUUUGGCGUAAACGCCACGGGGAAUUUUUUUUUCCAAGGCUCAGUUUAAAUCGUCGUAUUUUUCGCAUGUGAUCAGAAAAGAAAAUAUUUGAAGAUUUCACGGAAUUGUGUUUUACCAGUAGAGUGCGAUAGUCUCCAUACGUCAGUUUGUUUUCUCGGAUAACUGCUUGACGCAAGUGAACAUAUCAUAACGUAGACUAUUUUUUAAUAAGCACAAAAGUAUAGUUGCAUGCUUGCCAAGCUAAUAUUCGACUUGUUGGUUGCAUAAACCUUCCAAACCUCCUAGACAAUUAACUGAAAUAAAUUGAAUGAUUUGUAACUCGGCGAUAUACCAGUAUGCAUUUGGUAAGACUGGAUUACGCAUCAACGUACUGGACUUUACUAAGAUGAGCAGCCAUCGUACUGUUUUUCUUUAAAAAAACAAACUAAAAAAAACUUGAAUUCGUCUAUACUGCAUGGACACAGGUAGACGAAGGCUCUUUCAACUGUGAUAUCGAUCGUUGUCAGCGCGAAAACUUCGCCUUCAGUUACGUGUUUGUACUUGUCUGUAGGAUUCCCUAAAGGGUCUUUCGGUUUGAGUGGAAGGUCGGUCAGAGUUUUUUUCUUUUUUGGUUAAAAAUACUAAAAUAAGUAUUGUUGAAUAUAACCAGUGGUAAUAGUUUGGACUCGUUAAAGUGAUCGUUGCUUCAUUCGUUUCGGGUCGCAGAGCACAAGUAACAGCCUGCACGUAUUUCGUAAAUCUCUUCUGGAUGAAGAUUGAAGAGCCUUUCUCCCAGCCUUGUUUUCACGAAGCGUCAGAGCGGAGACCCAUCUCCUUCCAGUGGAGCGGGUUCAGACGGUGUUGUGCAUAUCUGUCGUCUAAAUCUAAGUGUUGCGGGAUAGCAUGGCAAUGGUAGUAAACCAGUGGCAAGAGACCAUUUCGGGAGAUCCCGGACCCCAACUGCAGAUGUGCAGUCAGGAGUCGGGCGGAACGCCGGGUACACCUUCUGGUUCUACGCCGGGGAACGACGGUCUUUCCGGGGACAAAAUCCCCAACGUAGACUGUAUGGUUUGCGGGGACAAGUCGAGCGGCAAGCACUACGGCCAGUUCACCUGCGAAGGCUGCAAGAGCUUCUUCAAGCGCUCGGUGCGGCGGAACCUGAGCUACACCUGCCGGGGGAACCGCGACUGCCCAAUCGACCAGCACCACCGGAACCAGUGCCAGUACUGUCGGCUGAAGAAGUGCCUGAAAGUCGGGAUGAGAAGAGAGGCCGUCCAGCGAGGCCGCAUGUCGAACUCCCAGACCAGCCCGGGGCAGUACCUGACCAACGGGACCGAGGCCUACAACGGGCAGCCCUACCUCUCGGGCUUCAUCUCCCUGCUGCUGCGGGCGGAGCCGUACCCCACCUCCCGCUACGGGGCCCAGUGCAUGCAGUCCAACAACCUGAUGGGCAUCGAGAACAUCUGCGAGCUGGCCGCCCGCCUGCUCUUCAGCGCCGUCGAGUGGGCCAAGAACAUCCCCUUCUUCCCCGACCUGCAGCUCAUGGACCAGGUGGCGCUGUUGCGCAUGUCGUGGAGCGAGCUCUUCGUGCUGAACGCGGCGCAGUGCUCCAUGCCGCUGCACGUGGCCCCCCUGCUGGCGGCCGCCGGCCUGCACGCCUCGCCCAUGUCCGCCGAGCGCGUGGUGGCCUUCAUGGACCACAUCCGCGUCUUCCAGGAGCAGGUGGAGAAGCUGAAGGCCCUGCAGGUGGACACGGCCGAGUACUCCUGCCUCAAGUCCAUCGUGCUCUUCACCUCCGACGCCAUGGGCGUGUCGGACGUGGCCCACGUGGAGAGCGUGCAGGAGAAGUCGCAGUGCGCGCUGGAGGAGUACGUGCGGAACCAGUACCCGGGCCAGCCCAGCCGGUUCGGGCGCCUCCUGCUGCGCCUCCCCUCGCUGCGGGUCGUCUCCUCGCCCGUCAUCGAGCAGCUGUUCUUCGUGCGCCUGGUGGGCAAGACGCCCAUCGAGACCCUGCUGCGGGACAUGCUGCUGUCCGGCUCCAGCUACAACUGGCCCUACGUGCCCCUGCAGAGGGACCGGCCCCUCCCUCUGCACUACAACGAGAACGGGCCCUGACCACACCCCAACCCAACCGCCCCACCCGCCCCCCGACCACGCCCAAGCCUCGUAUGACCUCACCAGCAUCCCCCCCUCUCCCCCACCCACGCAAACAUCGCCACUCACACUUUCUCAGGGACCUUGCCUACCAGCCGGACCACGCCCGCCAAAAACCUCACCCACAUCACCCCCCCCCCCCACCCCAGUAGUGUUGCGGUUACACUGCCUGCCACUCAAGGCUGUUGCCGUGCAGCCCUGAGCGGGACUCGUGAAGCAAGAGAAGGGAUUGGCCGAGAAGGACGGACUCGUCUCGCGUCGAAAGUUACUUCAAAAACCUGUUUCUGAAGGUUUAACCCACGAAUCAGGCUGCCAAACCACCGAUCCUCCAAACUGAGGAAGCUCGGCGGCCAUUUUGUUGUCUUGCUUGAAUCUGCCCGUUGAUCCAGGGACCGGAAGCUUCCGGAAGCUUCAAAUGUGAUGCGCAGAGUACCUGUUGAGACAAAUUUGAAACCGCUGUGUGUAUUUUCGUGUGUGUAUGCGUGUAUGCUGGCAUUAAGGCAAGCUGAAGACGAGUCCGUACAGUGGCCUGUGGACCUCCAAGGCCCUGGCAGAGGUUGAAGCAGUUAAGGCCAGAGAAGGACUGGGUUAGGUGGGACAGGGCAAGGAGACACAAGAGGCAGGAAAACUGACCUCACUACCAAGCAGGUAAACAUGUUGGCCUUUGGUCGCACUUACACAGACAGCUACAGCCUUGGCCAAACCAGCACAUGCUCUGUGGAGUGGAUGGGCUUGACCCCAGUAAAGAGACUGGGCGCAAAGACUGGGAUCCAAGCCCUCUUCCACACCACAAAGGCCCCAAGGGCAUGAUGGGAUUUGUAGGCCGGCUGGUGACAGACAGCUCCACUGACAACCAGCAUGGUGGGACAUUGUAUGCAAACUGGCUGUGCGCUCACACUACAGCCCUUGGACUGAAUCAGAGCUGGAGAGGGGGCUCUUCUCUCAAGGCCGCAUUGUAAAACAGUAUUUUUUUAUUUUUUUUCAUUUUCACGAAUACACCGUGGGACGGAUCUUGUCGGCGUAAUAAAGUGUUAAGUUGCUGAAACUGGACGUUGGAAACACAAGCCAUGGGGAACAGCGAGAAUGACUGACACCUCAGCCUACGGGCCACUCCUAGAGAAACGUUUAUGUUAGACAUUCUGUGUCUCUCUCCCUUUCUCUCUCGCUCUCUCUUUUUCUUAAUCUCUCUUGUUCUCUUUCUCACUCGCUAUCUUUCUCGCUCUCUCUCUCUCUCUCUCUUCUUUGUUUGGAAGUUUUGGUUGAGUCAAAAAUCUGAAUAAAAUCUUGUCGUUCUCCGA